AUGCAUGAGGCCAUUGGAGGGAUUAGCGACAGCAACAUUGUAAGUGGCGGGGCCCUCGGCGACAUGGGUGACGGUCCUACUAAUGGUGACGGGACUGAUAUCCGAUUGGAGAACACCAAUGUAGAGAGGGUGGCCGUCACCGUCACUGUUGGAGAUGGCGCCGUAAUCGUCAUCCUCUGGGGGGGCAAGGCGGAGGCACUGCAAUCUCACAUAGUCCUCAGCGGUCACAUCGUACACCAGUCCUGGGUCGAUGGCCUUCUGCGGGUCCACGUGGCCAGCUCCCCUGGCCCACACGGAUGCCUCUGCCCCAUCGUCCAAUAUGGGCCAUCCCUGGCUGUCUCGGGUGUAGGCGGUUGUCAUCAUGGCAGAGCGGAUCAUGGCAGGGGACCAGUCAGGGUGGGCCCCCUUGAGCAGGGCGGCGAUGCCCGAGACGUGUGGGCAGGCCAUGGAAGUGCCGGAGAGGAUGUUGAACUCUGUGCGGCGUGUGCCGGUCGGGGACAGGCCGUCGGGCCAGGCGGCGAGGAUGUUGACUCCCGGGGCAAUCAGCUCGGGCUUGAGAUAGUAGCGUGUCUCGAAGGACGGGCCUCUGGAAGAGAAGGAAGCAAGGGCGGGAGCCGGAUGGAAGCCGAGAUCCGUGGGGUGGAAGAUGAUGGUGGCGGUGGCAUUGGCGCCCGAAGAGUUGAUGUAGCGGAGGAUUGCGUCCCCCACGGACUCUUCUAUGGUGAGGCCCGGAAGCACAUGAGGUUCGGCCUGGAAGAUGGAGCCGCCGAUGACGACCACAGCAGCGCCCCCGGCCUCAGCCACGGGCUCUCCCAGUUGUCCGGGCCCACGAGGGCAGACGACAAUCUUGCCACGUACCUCGUCGCCACUGAACCCGUCGUUGCAGCUGUUAGUGUAUGUGAGGGGGAGAAAGGUGUCGUUGGGGAGGAGUGGGCCACCGCCGUAGAGCGACACGCCACCGAUGACCUGCCCAUCCCCGAGCACGACAUCUGCUGGGAACCGCCUGUCGAUUGA